AUGGUCACGUUAACCCUGCAAAAUACAGAGUUACCAAAAUUUUGGGAUUUAGAAGUUUUAGGAAUUAAAGAUCCAAUAGAAAGAAAAAAUAAGAUCCUUCUUAAAGAAGAAACUUUAAAACAUUUCAGAGAAACCUUAGAAGUUCUAGAAGGCGGACGAUAUGAAGUAGCUUUACCUUGGUUGUCUGGACAUCCACCUGUAUAUGAUAUGUACGAUGUCGCUGAAUCCAGACUACGUUCAGUAACAAAACGUCUAUUAAAAGAAAACAUCUACGACGUAUACGAUGAUGUUUUGAGACAGUGGCAAAGAGAAGGUAUAAUUGAAGCUGUACCGCAGGACGAAAUUUCGAAACCUGGUCAUUAUCUUCCUCACAGGCCCGUUAUUAAACCAUCAAGUGCUACAACUAAGGUUCGACCAGUCUUCGAUGCCUCCUUUAAACGACCAGGUUAUGCUUCUCUAAACGAAUGCUUGAGUGUUGAACCUAGUCUUUCGGAACAGAUUCCCCCACUUCUGUUAAGAUUUCGCACUGAUCGAUCAAAAUUAGAAUUCUGGAGACAUUGUCGAGUAGUCUUUGGAGUGACUUCGAGUCCAUUUCUCUUGAAUGCUAGUAUUCGUCACAACCUUAAUUCAAAGGAAUACCAACUUGAAUCUCUUCAGCCGAUUGUCGAGAAACUUAAGAAGGGUUUCUAUGUAGACAAUUUGACUACCAGCAUUGAGGACCAAGAAGAGUUGAUGGAGUUCAAGACUCAGACGAUGAAGAUAAUGAAUGCUGCUUCGUUUGAAUUAAGAUGUUGGGCUCACAGUGGAGAUCAGAACCAGGAAUGUCAAAAUGUUCUUGGUCUCGAGUGGGAUACAAAGACUGAUGAGCUGUACUGUGUUGGUCCUGAUAUAAGUUCCGUUGAAGUUGUAUCCAAGAAAAAAAUACUUUCCGUUGUUAACGGCAUAUACGAUCCUGUGGGUUUCACAUCUCCUGCGACACUGUUACCAAAAUUGUUACUCCAAGAGGCUUGGCGCAAUAAGUUGGACUGGGACGAACAGUUGCCUUCCGAAAUGCAGUUACGCUAUCAACGAUGGGCAAAGCAUAUAGAUCUUAUCCAGAAAUGUAGGAUCCCUCGUAGGAUAUUGCAUGGAACUUUCGAAAGGGCCAGUUUACACAUAUUUACAGAUGCAUCGGCUCAUGGGUAUGCCUGCUGUGCCUUUCUACGAUGUGAAGAAGAAGAAGUGAGAGUCUCAUUCGUUUCAGCAAAGGCUAGAGUAGCUCCUCUUCAGAGAUCAACAAUUCCACGAUUGGAGCUUUUAGGAGCUGCUAUUGGAGCUAGAAUUGUUUCAACAAUAUUAGAAACAUUUAAUUUGCCUUUGAAGACGUAUUUUUGGACAGAUUCCAUGAUAGUUCUGGGAUGGAUUACUAAAACAGAACUCUGGAAUACGUUUGUAGGUAACAGAGUGAAGGAAAUACGAGAACUUACAAACAUAGAAGAUUGGAGAUUUGUCCCUGGAGAUGUCAAUCCAGCAGACUUACCUUCCCGCUCAUGCGAUUGGUCUGAACUUUUACGGAGUCAAUGGUGGGAGGGUCCAAAGUGGCUUUAUGAACGUCCAGAAUUUUGGCCGUACUCUAAGAUCAUUCUUCCUGACGAAGCGAUGUUAGAACGACGGAAGUCAGUAGCUGUUAAUCUAAAUAUUGAAGCAAAAGAGCAUUUUGGAAAUAGAUUUUUAUACUUUUCCAGUUAUCCAAGGAUCAUCCGCUUGACAGCCUGGGUAUUGAGAUUUUGCCAGAAUAUCAAAGUGAAUUCUUCCAAGUUGACCAAGGACCUGUCAUACGAAGAAAUUCGAAGGGCUGAGGAAACUCUGAUACGAAUAAUACAAUCAGAAUGGCUAACUGACAUUAGGGAGAAGUACUCUCAGACAAUUCAGUUUUACGAAGAAAUUGAAAUAUUGAAACUUCGAUCAAGGCUAAUCCUAGGGCAAGAUCCAGAAGAUUUUGUACGACCCAUAGUUUUGCCAAAUCAUCCAAUUGUCAGAAGACUCAUAGAAUAUACUCAUAAGUCACUUCACCAUGCAGGCGUACAAACUACCCUGUCUCAUCUACGUGACCGAUUUUGGAUUCCUCGGGAACGGAAAGUUGUUAGAGAAGUUUUACGGAAGUGUAUGACAUGUAAAAGGUAUACAUCAAAACCUGUAGUACCAGUUGUUCCUGCUCCUCUUCCUAUUGAUAGGAUCAAUCGUGUAGCUGCAUUUCAAGUGACUGGGGCUGAUCUGGCAGAUAUACCCGAAAAUGUGGAAGGUGCUCCUGAUAUUACUGAUGAUGAUAUUGGAGUACCUGUUGCUUCAAAUGAAAAAUGCUGUCAACCUGAAGCAUUCCCCCAAGAAAAAUUACAGGCUGUGAAUCAAACGCGAUGUGGUCGACGAGUUGUUCCUGUGAAACGCCUGGACUUAUAG